CUAAAACUGUAACAAUAAAAUACAAUUUUCUUUAAAAUAUAUAAUAAAUGGGUUUUUGAUAGGGAGGAUUUGGUGCUCAUCUUUUAAGCACUGAGGAUUUGGUACACAAUUUCAUCCUCCAUUAUUGACAGAGAGAAACAGAGAACAAAAAAUAUAAAACAAGAUGGAGUUGGUUCAGAUGCAGAAGGGUUUGCAAGAUUACACUAAAUCACUCUUCUUGGAUGGGGUUUUGGACAGCCAGUUCUUGCAGCUGCAACAAUUACAAGAUGAAAGCAAUCCAGAUUUUGUUUCACAAGUUGUCACUCUCUUUUUCCAAGAUUCUGACAGGAUCCUCAAUGAUCUCUCACUGUCCCUAGAUCAACAAGUUGUAGACUUCAAAAAAGUUGAUCCUCAUGUUCAUCAACUCAAAGGUAGCAGCUCCAGUAUAGGAGCACAGAGAGUUAAGAAUGCUUGUGUUGUCUUCCGCAGCUUCUGCGAGCAACAAAACGUUGAAGGAUGUCAUAGAUGUUUGCAACAAGUAAAGCAAGAAUACUAUCUUGUGAAGAACAGGCUAGAGACUCUGUUCAAGCUCGAGCAACAGAUUGUAGCCUCUGGUGGAAUGAUCCCAGCCAUGGAACUCGGAUUUUGAGUGGACUCAUCAUCAUAUCACCUUUCUAUAUAUGGUUAUUUCAGUUGGAGCUCUCUUCUUCUUUUGCGUUACUAUCCAAAAAGAUUGUUCUUACGUGAACUUCUUCUUUGUGUUGUAGGAUGAAUGAAACACUAAAAAAAGUUUCUUAAUCCACACCUAAGUCCUACGUUUUGUAUCAUAAAAUACUAAUUCUAAAUAGUGUUUUAUAUA